ACCAGUUGUCGUCGAUAGGUAUGCACCGUCGCCGUUGGUGCUUACAAGUAAUCCACUUUGUCAUGGCUGAGUCAGAGUUCUCAGCUCAUUACCUUAUGUAGCAACAGGUCCGCGGGAACUGUUCGCGGGCGAGACGACAUCGGCCCGGCGCAGGUACUAAUAAUAAUAAUUUUGCCUGCCUUGCUUGCUCGGUUCGACUGCCGAACCCCAAAUUGAAAUUUGAAACCCGCUACGACCUCCUCCGCACGACAAUAUCCAGACCGUUACACAGUCGCGGAAGCCUCCGAGGAUGGCGGAGGGCGAAGUCGUACAGACCGAUCUUUUGAUCGUUGGGGCCGGCCCGGCGGGAGCGUCGCUCGCUUGCUUCCUAGCCGCCCAUGGCAGGAAGGGGAUUAUGAUUGCCGCGGCGCCGGGCACGGCAGAGACGCCGCGUGCGCACAUCACCAACAUGGCUGGUCUUGAGUGCCUACGGGACAUCGGCCUGGAGCAGGACUGCCUCGACGUGGCCACGCCCAGCCACAACAUGGCGCACACGCGCUGGUGCCGCAGCAUGGCGGGGGAGGAGUAUGCCCGCGUGUACUCGUGGGGCCACGACCCGAAGCGCAAGGGCGACUACGAGGCCGCCAGUCCGUGCAACCACGUCGAUCUCCCGCAGACGCUGCUCGAGCCGAUCCUAACCAAGCGCGCGCUGCACAAAGGAUGGACGAUCCGGUUCAACACGCGUUUUCUCCGACUAACCCGCCCGGCUCCGGACGUGGUUAUCUCGGAGGUGUUCGACGAGGUCACCAAGACGACCUACAAGAUCCAGUCGCGGUACCUGUUCGGGUGCGAUGGCGCGCGCAGCCAGGUCGUGCGCGAGCUGGGCAUCCCGCUCAUCAAGAAGCCCGGCCAGGGCCUGGCGCUGAACGUGCUGGUGCGGGCCGACAUGGCGCAUCUGAUCGGCGACCGCCGCGUCGGGAACCUGCACUGGGUGUUUCGCCCGGAGGAGGGGAUGGAGGGCCCGCCGUGGGGUGCCACGGGUGUGGUGAGGAUGGUGCGGCCGUGGAACGAGUGGAUGUUUAUUUUCCUGCCGGCGCCCGGGCAGGACCUGACGGCCGAGGCCAUGGAUGCUAGUCAUGAGGAAUACCUCGCGCGCGUGAAGAUGUUUAUCGGGGAUGACUCGGUCAAGGUCGAGCUGCUGCAUGCUAGCAAGUGGUGGAUCAACGAGAUCGUGGCUGAGUACUACUCGGAUGGCAACGUCUUCUGCCUCGGCGACGCAACGCACCGGCACCCGCCCUUCAACGGGCUCGGCUCCAACACCUGCAUCCAGGACGCCUUCAACCUGGCCUGGAAAAUUGACUACGUCAUGUCCGGGCGCGCGGGCCCCGGUCUGCUGGACUCGUUCAGCGCGGAGCGGCAACCGGUCGGCGCCGAGGUCAUCGCGCGCGCCAACCAGGGGCUGCGCGACCACAUCCACUGGCAGACGGCCCUCGGCAUGCUCGAACCGGACCGCGCAAAGCGCCUGGCCAUACUCGCCGAGUUCGACGACCCCGGGCCGCGGGGCCGCCAGCGGCGGGAGGAGUUCAUGCGCGCCAUCGAGAUCACCACCACCGAGUUCCACGGCCUGGGCAUCGAGAUGAACCAGCGCUACGUCUCGCGCGCCGUGUACCUCGCCGACGCCGACGCCGACGCCGGCCCGCCCCCGGCCAUGCCGCACGACCCGAUCAAGACCCAUCUGGUUACCACCUACCCGGGCCGCAGGCUGCCGCAUGUGUGGCUCAACACGCGCGUGCCGGGCAGCAGGGUGUCGACCAUCGAUCUGGCGGGCCACGGCCGGUUCUGCCUGCUUACGGGCCCCGGAGGGCAGGCGUGGAAGGAGGCGGCCCGGGCCGUGGCUGAGCUGUUGGGCGUGGAGAUUGUGGCCUACUCGAUUGGGUGGAAGCAGGACUAUGAGGAUAUCUACUUCGACUGGGCGCGCAAGCGGGAGGUGGAGGAGGACGGGUGUGUGCUUGUGCGUCCGGACAGGUUUGUGGCGUGGCGGUCCAAGGAGAUGAUUGCCGAGCCCGAGAGGAAGCUGGAGAUGGUUAUGCGCAGUGUUCUGGCGUUGUGACUGGGCAUUCCGGUAACGUUUCCGUAGAAAUAGAACAAUGCCCCUGUCGCUUGGAAAUAGUGUCAAGCCUUAGUGGUGUCUUAGUUUGUGCUCCCGAUGUCGCCGACGGCACAACUGAUACAUUCGGUAGACCCCGGGUGCCUACCUAUGCAACCAUGGUGUGAGGGAGUGUAGUUAGUACUUA